AUUAUACUUUUGAAACAAAAGAGCGAUUGUUCUGUUGUCAACAAAUCACUGGCUCUGGACUUGAUUAACUUACUAAGAGACACUAAGACUAAAGACAGUAGAUCUAGACUAUAUAAUAGAAUCUACAAUUCUAAAUCAUGUCACUCACUUCCGACAUAUUAUUUUAUACACCUCUUUUAUUUGUAUGUCUUUAUCUUCUUCUAAAUAAAAUUGUGAAGACUCCUAGAAAUAUAUGCAUAGUUGUUCUCGGCGACAUUGGAAGAAGUCCUCGAAUGCAGUAUCAUGCAAUGAGCUUUGCCAUGGAAGGAUUUCGUGUUUAUUUAGUUGGCUAUAGAGGUUCAAAGCCACAUGAACAAGUUCUUAAGAAUGAACAAAUUACACUUCAUCAUAUGCAAGAACCACCUCUAUUUAUUACAAAACUCCCAAAGCUGUUAGGAUAUGCUGUCAAAGUUAUAUGGCAGUCAGUGAUGCUUGCUUGGACAUUACUUCUGCUUCCUAAUAUGAGCUCAAUUUUUAUUCAGAAUCCACCUUCCAUUCCAACAAUGCUUAUCUCAUAUAUAGUGAGCAGAAUAAGGUUUUCAACUCUGGUCAUUGACUGGCAUAACUAUGGAUACACUAUUUUAGCAAUGGCUCUUAGGCCUGGACAUCCACUUGUAACUUUUUCUAAAUGGUAUGAAAAGAAAUGUGGUGGUCUGGCUUACUACAAUUUCUGUGUUACUAAUGCAAUGAAAGAGGAUUUAUUGUCUCACUGGAAUAUUAGAGCGAUCACUGCUCAUGACAAACCAAGUGAACUCUUCCAGACCAUAAGUUUAGAGCAGCAGCAUAAUCUCUUCUGCAGACUGAGUAAAGAAUACCCAGUUUUUGCAAGUCAAGACAAUGCCAUAGAUCACACAAAAUUUACACAGAAGAAUACAGAUGGAACUGUAGCAAAAGUGGAUGGUAGACCAGCAUUAUUAAUGAGCAGUACCAGCUGGACAGAGGAUGAAGAUUUUGGUCUUUUGUUAGAUGCUUUGAAAAAAUAUGAUCAACUGCCCAGCACAGAUACUUUUCCUGAUUUGGUUUGUGUCAUCUCUGGUAAAGGUCCACAGAAAAUUUUUUACACUCAACAAAUUGCUGAUUACCAUUGGAAAAAAGUAAAGUUUUGUCUUCCAUGGUUGGCAGCUGAAGACUAUCCUUUAAUGCUUGGUUCUGCUGAUAUUGGUGUGUGUCUUCAUAAAUCUUCCAGUGGUUUAGACUUGCCUAUGAAAGUUGUUGACAUGUUUGGAUGUGGUCUGCCAGUCUGUGCUGUUAAUUUUCAGUGCAUCGGAGAACUUGUUCACCAUGAUGAAAAUGGCCUUUUAUUUCAUGACAGUGAGGAACUUUUUACCCAACUCAAGGAUCUUUUGUUUGGAUUUCCAAAGUUGGCUAGUAAGCUAAAACUAUAUAGAGAAAACUUGGCUUCUUUCCAAAAGUUAAGAUGGCACAGCCAAUGGAGGAAGAUAGUUUUGCCAAUUUUUUACAAAAUUGGAGGUAUCCAGAUGUCUGCAUUUGAUUUACCAGGAUUUUUGGAAGAUAAUGAUUUUGAUGAAGAAGCUAAGAAGGAGCAAUAACAUUCAAAGAUUUGAUAGAAAUGUGAUUCAAUUAUGUGCAAGAUAUGUGUUUUGUUGUUGAUCACUGCAAGAUUUUUAAUUACUUUUGUUAUUUCUAACCCUGACUUUGUUUUUUGUUUGAAAUACUGAAUACUUUUUUGUUUCUCUAUCAAUAAUACAAAACUGUUGAUAAGAAAAUAAUAAUAA